AUGUUCUUAAACAAACUAGGAGUCGCUUUAUGGCUAUGUCCAAAACAAAACACACCAGCUUAUGAUAAGUUGUUAACGCUUAUGGGUUCAUUGAAUACCUUAUUUCCCGGACAACCUCCAAAAUUUGAACCUCAUAUUACUAUUACCACUAGUAUAGUUAUGGACUUGAAUGAUACUGCGAAAACAAAAGAUGAUGUUGACAGAAUCUUAUCUGCCAGUGCCGUGGCACUCAAUUCACUCCCAAAGAAUCACGAAAGCUUAGUUAAGUUAGGAAAUGUAAACAGUCAACGAAAGUUUUUCAAGAAACUUUAUUUUGAGGUGGAAAAGGAUCCAAAUUUGGUGUCGUUUGCCAGAAUUAUACGAGAACUAUUUGUAAUUGUGCCCCAAGAUAUCCAACAAGAAGACAUGAAACAAAAUCCACAUCUUUAUACGACUGAUUCACAUGGGAAUUCAAUUAGAAGAAGACCACUGAAAAGAAGAAACAGUACACAGACAAUCAAGGAAUUUGAUACAACUUCAAUACGUCAAGCAGCUACCUACAAAGCUGCAGAAUGGUCAAUUGACGAGUUUGAUCCGCACGUUUCAUUAGUAUACAGCGAUAUAUGGCCAAUUGAUAGUGCAUUAUGGAGAAAUAUUAACACAAGAAUACUUGAUAUAGGCUGGGAUGUAGAAUGGGAUCACAGUGUAUUGAAAUUAGUCCUUUGUGAAGGUGAUGUCCGUGAUUGGGUGGUAUUAGGAAGUGUGGAUGUACACUAG